AGGGCGGCGACGACCUGAUCCAGGACCAGCGCCGGAUCGUCGAGGUAUUCAGCGCGACGGCGAAGUGAUGGAGGGCCGCGGCGACCUUGUCCAGGAUCGACGCGGAUGGAGGACGGCGAGUGAAGUGGGGGCGGCGACCUCGACCACGAUGGAGGGCGGCGACGAUGGAGGGCAGCGACUGAAGCGCGGCGGCGCAGGGAUGUAGGGCGGCCACGAAGGGAGACCUCGCUCGAUAACAGGACUCGUCGCUCCUACGUGCGUCCGCACGGUUUUUCUGUCGCUGGUUAACCGUCGUAGGUUUUUUUGUCGCAGGUUAACUUUCGUACGGCUAUUGAGGGUCACAUGUGGAUAGGUGCGGGUUCGGGCCUCAGGAGGAGGUUUUUUUGGUUUGUGGUGGCUUAGUCAGAGGUGGGAGGAGGUACCAAAAUAAACCAUGGGAGGUGGGACUAAAAAAAUCUGGAAGCGAGACUGCCAACUGCUCGAGUAGAGACUACUCCGCAAAUCCCCUUUCCCCGCAGUCACAUCCACCACUCAAACCCUAGGAGAAUCCGUCCCGCCGAUCCACUCCCAUGGCCGCCGCCGACCCGAACUGGAUGAUGCUCGAUCGUUUCGUCUUCCGCAGGGAUGACGCCGAGUCCUUCCUGGACGAGGACGCCGCCCCCUUUACGAUUGAAGGCGACUUCUCACCGGACGACAUGUUCUCCAUCGCCUUCCGCAUCGCCAAGCCUCCGGUAACCUCCCGCAUGUACCUCAAAUGGAAGUGCGGCCCUAAGGCAGGCCCCGGGUGCAUUCCCGUGGCAGCGCACCGUGGUGUUCUUCUACUCAGGUUCACCCCUGAGCCGGGGAAGCUCGGCUUUGUGGAGCACUUCUUCAUCUGCAGAAGUCGGUAUGACCCGCUUGACAGCUCGCCCUUUGCACUAGAGCGAAUUCCUUUCUGCACCACGAUAUGGCAUGACGAGGACGGGACAGAGAUAGCUAUGCGACGACUGUUUGGGGAUGACACCGUUGGCGUAUUGUCCCGUGAUGAAGAUUUUGCCAUAGCGCAGCUCGUCGUACGCAGGCCCUUGGUGAAGGCUGAUAAGAUGGAAUCGGAUCUGUGUGUGCUCCGAUCCAAGUCAAAUACCGAUCAUACAUGGGAGAUUGAGGAGGGGCUUCCUAUCCUCUACGAAGCGGAUGAAAUCUGUGACUUGAAAGCUUGGAGUACCCAUAGAGUCAUCCCCUUCAACGAAUACUUAUGCUGGGUUAACUAUGGUAUAGGAGGUGUCUUAUUCUGCGAGGUAUUUGAAGAAAGGCCCAAGAUUUCAUACCUGAGGUUGCCCAUACAUAACCGCCGCCUAAGGCAACGCCGUGUACUUGACAGAAAGUGCAGCGUGUGCUUGACGAAAGGCUACUUUGGCGCCCAUGAGCUAGCGUUUGUUGAUGUUGAUCGCGAGGAUGGUUACCUUGUCGGCCCACUGAGCCCUAAAACUGGUUUUACUAUUGCUUACCAUGUUCUAAGGAAAACAGGCUGUAGUGGCAUGAAGUGGGAUCUGGUCUUUUUCCUCACAUCUGCUGAACUGUGGGAUCUCAACAAAUCUCUGCCACGCGAAGCUCUGACAUUUCCUCAUGUAAGUAUGGAUGAGCCUAAUGUGGUACACUUUCUGUUGUCUCAGCCAGUGUCGCAUAAGUUUGUGAAGGUUUCAGUGGUUUCCAUCGACAUGAUUAGACGCAAAGUGCUCUCAGUAGUUCCAUAUAUUGAAGAGAACGAUAUCCAUGGAAAAGACUCCCAGAUGGUCUUGGGAGCGUCCAGUUAUCUCCAGUCCUUUCUUCCCUCCGAACUUCCGAAGUUCAUUGAUCCCGCCUGCAAGCAUGUCUUGGAUUCUCCUACGGCUGCGGCUGCUUCUCGUCCUACUGCUUCAUCACAAGUGAACAUCAAAACUGAAGAAAUAACAGAUGAUUGUCCUGCAUUUAAUACUAGGAGUAGGAAAAAAAGAGUUAUCUGAUGUAAUGGUUAAUUAGUACUACUGCACUAGUAUUAUCAUGGCUUUAGUGGACAUGUCUAUGAUUGUGAUUUGCAGUGGUGUAUUUUGGUUGGUAGUAAGUGCCAAGACGUCUUGGUAUGUGGUAACUGGCAGGAUAUAUGAGAUACUAUACCUUAAGCUAUGCUAUUGAAAUGUGUGUUCAAUGAUCU